UUCCAUUGUUUUUCUGUUAUCAACAGUUGGAAUGGAAUUUGGAAAACAAAUGGGAAAAAUGUUGGAAAUUUGACAUUUAACAGUGAAUUUAUGGAUCCUUUUUAAGUUUCAGUCUCAUGAUACUCGCAAAAUGAUCGAAGAUCCGACGCCUACAUUAGUAUUGGGAGAAGCUCCUGAAUCUGACGAAGAAGAAAUCUUUGAAAAAAAUAAAGUUUUGAAUGUGAUCGGAGGUACUCGUACACCAAUUUCCUCAGUGCAUGGUUUAGCCAUAGCCGGAGAAGCUAUUGAAUCAGAUGAAGAAAUCGAAGUACAUAAUAUUGAAAACCGAACAUUCCCUGCUCAAGAACGCAGAUCUGUAGAGAAUGAAAGGCAGAAGCAAAAAAUUGAUAAGAAAUAUAAAACAAGUUCAAUCAAAAAACUAUGUGAGAAAAACAAAUCGUUGCACGAAAAUUUAACAUCGUUUAAAAAACAGAUGCUUCAUUCAACCAACAACGAGAUGAAUAAUAUAAAUCAACAACUACUUAGAUCUCAGAUAGAACUGCAACAGACUCUGGUUGACAUCAGGAAUGUCAAAAUCAACUUGAACGAGGUCAAUAAGAAAUUAAGCAAUAUUAUGGCUGCGAAUUACAUCCCUAAAAUUAAUAUAAAAGUACCUUCUUAUAUCAUUUAGAUAUUUAUUCAAGUAUUCACCUAAUUUGUUACCCUGAUUUUUUCAUUUCUACUAAUUUUCGAAAAUAAAAUACACGAUAAAUAAUUUUUAAAA